AGGGAAGGGGAGGGAGAGACAGGAAUUGAUGGUGGGGAGCACAGGGAGGAUAAAGCGGAGAGAGGAGGAAAUAAAAAAGACGGAGGGAACCAGAAGAGUCUCAUCGAAACAUACCAAUUCAUAAUUCCUCCCAAAUAAGCACAGUUCCAUUGUAAAUCCUGGAGGCUCCUGAACAAACAAGAGAAGAUGCUGAUUGUAUAUGAAUGCAUGUGCAACUUGAGUAUGUGUUUCUACACAGAAAGAGGCCAGGGUACAAACGCAGAUGGGGGUGGGUUGUUAGCAGCAUUUUGUGUACAGUUUGUAAACAGACAGUCCAAACAGAGGCAGACAUGUCCAGAGGAGACGUUUGCAGAGACAUUUACAGUGGAGAGGGCAGUGUCCACGCACACAGCCCACAUACAGUUUCUCAGAGCUGUGGAGAUCUACCCUAUGGUGCGUCUCUGUAAAUGAAAAGAAUAUACAUAAAUUCAGAACAGUGAUAACAUGUUAUUUAGUAUACUGCCCUGUAUUUUAGUAUAUUUAACAGUUUUUGUUAACACAGUAUUUUUAAACAAAUCUGUUGCAGAUGUGACUUUAUCAUUAAACCAGCAGCUGUUCGUGCCAAAAGACACAGAGAACGACAAACAUAAUAGGUCUAGACAAUUGUAACCUUGUGUGACCAUUCAUUCACCAAGCAUUAUCAGAGGGACCAUAAUGACAGUCAAAACAGUGAAAAUGAGAUAGUUUGACCUGUGCAGUGGCUUAAUCUUACAUGGCAAAACCAAAGAGACAGAUUGUGGAGGCAGAAGUGAAUGUAGCCUAUACACUGUACAUUCAUCUGUUCAGUUAGUAGUUUAUUUAAAGUACUGAGCUCAAGCUACUAAGAUUAAUUUAAAACAGGACAUUUCUGUUCCUUAGCAACAAAUUUGCUAAGCAACAACUUUCUUUCCUUUUCUCUUAAGUGAAAAGUGAUUGAUUAUAAGUGAAGUAACCAUGGUGUUGGGCCUAAGAGUAUCCCACCUGUAUGCAUUAUAACGCGAUUGAUUUAGCUGUAAACCGUUCUUCAGAUGGUAAUGGGUGUAAAUUGCGGGUAUAGGCUACAGUGCUUGUCCCUUGUCCACUAAGGAAUGUGCCUCGUCAUCACAACAUGCCCUGGGGCAGAUGAGGAAAGAGGAGGGGGCAGUUCUCAGCUGGGACUUUCCUCUCGUCCCCAGAGAAGUGAGAGCGCUGUGUCCGGAGCGCCGGAGAUGUGCCCCGGUGCUGGCGCGCAGGAGUGAGGCUAUGUCGCGGUGGGGGGACCAAGCCGGACUUCUUCUCAUCCCACCACUGCUACUGGCCUUGCAGCUGAUAGUGGUGUGGCCCAGAUUGCCCAGUGCUCACCGCGGAGGCACGGGGGAGCAGGGUGAAGCGGUGUUCAGCGUUAUAAGCAUUGAGCCGGAAACACGCCAGAGGGGGCAGCCUGCACGAGGAGCCGGUGUGCGCCAGGACGAGAAGGAGGGGGUGCAGCGGGGAGACGGAGGGAGGAGCGAGGGGUUGUAUGAGGACGAGAAUGAGAUGAACUCGCGACAGAUGGGACCAAAUACUCUGGAGAUGCAGCCUUGGGUUGCAAAUAUGACGUUUGCAGCGGAGUUGAACCGAAUACUGAAUUAUAUCAACAAUCCACAGCUAAACUGCUCCAAAGUUUUCUCUUCAGGUGAGGCACUAGAGCCAGAGCCCACAGCAGCCCCUCCCCGCUGGCUGCUUUGUGCUGAAGAGUGGCUGCUUCCUACAAUGACUGGCCCAUGUAUAGCAUACAGCUUCAGUAUGGACGGGGGAGACAGACACUUUCAAAGCACCGUGUCAAGGCUGGGAUGUGAAGUUCAUAGUUUUGAUCCCAGCAGCUCCAAUACAUCUGGUGGUCACCUUGGCAACAGUUUGGCAAGUAACGGAGGGGGCGUGGUGAGCCGGCAUAAGAUGUGGCUGGAGUGGCGUGGUUCAAGGAAAAGUAAACGCAAGAUGAGAAGAAACUUGGGCAGUGUUUCUCUCACACUGGCAGACAUCAUGGCAGCUCUGGGACACCACACAGUUCACUUCCUGUAUGCAGAUCUGCUGAGUGCUGAAUGGCGAGUUUUCCAGAACUGGAUUGAGUCAGGCACCUUGCAGCAUGUCCAUCAUGUGGUGGCCACAGUGAACCUCCAAUGGGCUGGGUUUGAGGUGGCCGGGACGGACCAGGAAGUGCUACUCUACUGGUUCAGUGUCCUACAGGGACUACAGGCCUCUGGGCUCAGGCUGGUCCACAGCUCUGCAGGAAAAGGACACACUGUCUUGAAAAGGACCUUAUCAGACGCUCACAGCUCCUAUACACUGAGCUGGGUCAACACCAGCCUCUAACAGAAGGCUCACAAAUACAAACUUAUAAUAACCACACAGAUGUUCUUCACAUUGAUUGUCUGUAAAUGCAGGGCUCCCUCUAUUGGUGAUGGAAAGAUUGCACAUUUGAAAAAGCACAAAUACUUUUCAUGGAAUUUUCAUAUAGCUGUUGAUUAUCACUGAGAUAUAAAAUCAUUUAUAUUUUGUCUGUUAAAAAGUUAUUGUAUAUGAUAAAGAUGAAUAUGUUUCUUACUUUGUUGGAUUUUGGAAAAAAAAUUUAAAUAUAUUGCUACCUUGGACUCAAGUCUGUUUAAAUCGGUUGCUGAUA